UAUUCCUUCAAGUACCGAGCCGAUAGUGGGCAGGAUAGGAGGUGGUAGGGGAAAAGUAGCGAGCACUGGCAGGGGGGACGGCACGAGUAGAAGUGGUGGUGGUUCAGCUCUCUCUCAACAGUGUGUGGCGAGCCAGCGAGGAGACAGCCGAUCGCCCAAAACUUAUCGGAGUGUCGCAGGAUAGAGUUGCGCUCGUGCGAUGAGCCGCAGCUUGGACGCGGCCGAGAAGACGAAACAGCAGCUGCUAAGCCAGUGAUAGCGAAGAGAGGGUCCGACCGAUCGGCAGAGCGCCGCAGCCGCGCCAUGCCCUACUACAGCUCGGCCGGCCACGGCAGCCCCAUGUACGGCUGCAAGGGUGAGGCGGGCGCGGGUCCGCCGACGGCCGCGGGCGGCGCGCCCGAGUCCAGCUACGCCAUGGAACACCUGGCCACCUUCACCGUGACCAAGGACACGGGCAUCGUCUACCCGGCCGACGGCAUGCGGCGCCUGCUGCAGCUGGAGAAGAGCAACGGCAUCUGGAGCCAGAAGAUGCAGAUGCGGCUGGAGCGCAGCUGGGUGCUGAUCAUGGACAACGAGACUGGCGCGGUGAUGGAGCGCUUCCCCGCGGGCCUCAUCCAGGAGCCCACGGCCUUUACGUCGCGCGACCCCAUGGAGAUGUACAACAACAUCCUGGUGUUCACGGUGGCGGACGAGGCAGGCGGGCAGCGCGCCGAGAUGCACAUCUUCCAGUGCCAGAGCGUGUCGGCACAGGACCUCGUGGAGGACCUGAAGAUGCUGCAGGCGGGCAAGCUGGGCGGGGCGGGCGAGGCGCGCGGCGCGCGCGCCCCCAUCCCGCCGCCGCCGGCGCUGCCGCCGCCCGAGCCGCCGCUUAACGGGCUAGGCCGGGAGCCGGGCGCUGGCAAGCCGCUGGAGGGCGCGGCGGCCGAGGCGCCCUCGGCCGCGCCGCCCGAGGAGGCCGCGCGCGACGACAACCAGGACGAGGUCUCGUCCACGUCCUCGGACAAGUACGAACGCGACGUGAGCGUGCUGAACCACUGCUUCGACGACAUCGAGAAGUUCAUCGCGCGGCUGCAGCACGCGGCGGCGGCGUCGCGCGAGCUCGAGCGCCGGCGUCGCCAGCGCAAGUCCAAGAAGCGCAACCUGGGCGACGGCAUGCUGACGAUGCGCGCCAAGCCACCGCCCGAGCUCGAGUUCGUCGACAUCUUCCAGAAGUUCAAGCUGUCGUUCAAUCUGCUGGCCAAGCUCAAGGCCCACAUCCACGACCCGAACGCGCCCGAGCUGGUGCACUUCCUGUUCACGCCGCUGGCGCUCAUCGUGGACGCCAGCCACGACACCAGCUACGAGGCCAACCUGCCGGCCAGGGUGGCCGCGCCGCUGCUCAGCCGCGAAGCCGUCAACUUGCUCAUGAACUGCGUGACCAGCAAAGAGACGGAACUCUGGCACUCGCUGGGCGACGCCUGGCUGGUGCCGCGGGAGCAGUGGAAGGGCCACGUGCCGACCUAUCACCCGGUCUUCAUGGACGGCUGGUCGCCCGACUUCCCGCCGCUCGGGCCCGACGAACGCGACGCGCCGGCCCACGCUCACGACCACCUGGCCUCGCUGCUCAGCGCGGACCGACGCAAACGCGACGACCCCUCGCCGCCGGACCACCACCGCCACCACCACCACCAGCCGGCGCAGCACGCCGCCGAGUCCUACUACGCGCACAGGGAGCUGGACGAGUCGCACUACAGCAGCGACUACCUGGACUACGAGGGCCGCGAGGAGCGCGCCGGCCAGGAGUACCUGGAGCGCGGCUACGAGCGUGGCGCACCCGAGCUCUACGGCGGCCGCGAGCCCGAGGGCCGCGAGCGCGAGCGCGCCCACAGCGACAUCUCGCUGGACUCGAUCGAGCGCGGGCCGCGCGCCGGCGGCGCGCAGGAGGCCUGGCUGGACGAGCUGGCGGCGCGGCGCGCCAAGGUCGUGCAGGUGACCUACCCACGCACGGCCAACAACGACAAGGAGCUGACGGUGGUGCGCGGCGAGUUCCUCGAGGUACUGGACGAUAGCCGCAAGUGGUGGAAGGCGCGCAACUGCCGCGGCCAGGUGGCCCACGUGCCGCACACCAUCGUCACGGCUCACAGCCCCGGCCCGGCUGCCUCGCCCGACAGCGAGCUCUUCUACGCGACGCGCUACCAGCGCCAGGUCUACGGCUACGAGGACUCGGAAAUAGACGCCGCCAACGCCAGUCCCGGCUCGGAGGCGCCGCACCGGGCCCACGCCAUCCCGCCGCCGGCCCCGGCCGACUGGGUGCGCAAGGAGCGCCUCGGCAAGAAAGGUGACUCUUCAAAGAUAAACUUGAACAGUGAUACUACCAGUUUGACGUCAAGUGAAAGCACGUAUGCCGAAACACGUGUCCCGCGAAACUUGAAAUUGCAGAAUGUGUUGCCGCCGCUUUCACCACUAUUACCCGUUGAGAUGCCCAAUCCAAAGAUGUUGAAUAAAGCAGUGAGCGUUGAUUCGACCAGAACGAUCGAACAAGUUGAAAGCCAGGAUCAAAGGGGUCAAAUUCACGAAGAACUGAAACACGUGUUAACAAAGCGUAGAGAAAAGAAACAAAUAAGAAAUGAUGACAAAAUAUGCCCAAAAACGGAGGAAAAAAAAUUAUCUUACGAAAUUCAAGCCUGGAACGACCAGAGAUUUUCGCAACAGAGCAAAUGAUUACAGGAUACAGAAAGUUUAGGUAAUUAUUAAAAAUUCUUGAAUGAAUGAGCCAACAUAUCGUAACUUUUCAACACCACAUCGCAUAUAUGUAUACAAAACUGUAUUUCAUUCAAAUACUUUGUAAUUAAAAAAAGAUUAUUGUUAAUAAAAAUU